AUGACUGCCAGUCUGUCGGUAGGUGGACUAUAUUCGUAUGUUGACAACCCACAGCCCGCGACAGGCACGGCAGCCAGCAGCACGAACACGUCCGGUACACGUUCGACCAGCCAGAAUGAUGCGUCUGCACGGUUGCCAGCAUCAGAGAUGGUGUCGUUUGGGUUCCUGGAUGAAAAUGAGGAGCGCCCGCCGCCAACGUUUGCAUUCGCGUCGCUCUUUGAUCGGAUGCGUGCAGCCUUCUCAGCGCCUUCUUCAGGAGAUACUCACAAGUCCGACUAUGCUCCGGCCACUCCGGCACGUCGUUUAUCGCCUCCGCGGAGGCGAAUCUCACGGCAUGGAACACCUGCGCAACGACAGCCAAGCCAGCACCAUCGUAAGGCGAAUGGAAUCGUGCCAUUACGUACGUUGUCCCCGUCUGUGACAAUAGCGCCAACGAAUGUCGUAUCAACGGCGUCGGAUGUCGGGAGCCACACGGCCACAGUUCUGAGCGAUACUGAGUCUGUCGAUACACGUCAAAGCGAUAGAGGGACGCUCGGCACGCAUGGUGUACAAGCCGUACCUGGCUUUCCUUUGAGUGGCGACAUACUUGACGAUACACGAUCUGUGACAACGAUACAUCGCAGCCGCUCUGAUGCCGGUGAUGACUCGUUGAGUACAAUGAGUGUGAGGCCUAGUGCCGAUAUAUGGAUCCGACGCUUCCGUGGCGAAGGGUUGAGUCGAAAAUACUGGAUGGCAGACGAGACAGCAAAAGAGUGCCGCGAUUGUCUCAUGCCAUUCACGUCACUUCGCAGGAAACACCACUGCCGGAUCUGCGGGCAGAUAUUUUGCCACCGAUGUGCGUCGAACCUUGUCCCUGGUGAACGAUGGGGUCACAAGGGCUCAAUACGCACGUGUAAUCAGUGCAAAAAUAUGCUCGAAGAAUACGAUCAUCGGGAACGUAUUGACGCUGAAGCUCGUGAAGCUAGCUUCUUGCAAGAGCAAAGUCCUGUGUCUAGCUCGAUGCCUGAAGUUGAGGCGCAAGAUCUACAUACACCUUUGUCGCAAUUUGCCGCUAAGACGCUAUUUGCUGGAAAUGCAAGUGCGCUGCCACGCCGCUGCGAAAGAUACCGAUUUAACGGUGAAAGUGACGAUGAUGGGAAUGAUGACAAUGGUGACAUGUCCGACGAAAGGCUUAGUCAUGAACAAGACGUUCAUGAUUUCCAAUCAUAUCGAGAUGAUGAGUUUAACGAAAUGCCUGAAAUGGACGGCCGCGAUGUUGAGCCCUUGCGCAAUUUGAGCGCACACGAUCCGAUUUUGAUACAUGACGAGGUGCCAUUCCGCUCCGGACUCGUGGAUGAGAGUGAUGUCCAAGCAGCUGACGAAUCAAUUACAGCUGAUAUGGUCUCAUCAAUGAUACCAGCGAGUCGCAACACUGACGAAAUGCGUCAUAUGCGCGACUCUGACUUGACUGAAAAUAGCCGCUACACGGAUGAGGCGAGUCGAAGCGGCGACAGUGGCUUCAAAGUUCGGGAUGAAAAUGAUGAGGAAAAUGAUAUCGUGUGUAGCAAACCUCAUCAGCGGGACACUUUGACUGAACCGCCAUUGGUUGCUCAUGACGAUGCCAACGAAAAGCCACUUCCACCGCCCUGCUCGCCCAUUAAACGAAGCACGGCACGUCAAAAGCUCAUGCGUGGUGCGUCGCGCUUCGUCACCAGUACGGCACUCAGCGCAAUUUCACUUGUGUACUUUUUGCGCAUGCUGCACCAGCUGCUACUUGCCGAACAUAUUGGACAUGUACAUGAGUGGAAAGAAACUAUCAAGUUACUGGCACUUGCGGUUAUUGAGCGCAUCCGCGUUCGGACUCGGAAUACAUACCUGACUGACAUUCGGCACUUUGUCAAAAUCAAGUGCUUUCCAGGUGGACAUGUCUCUGAUUGCGAGUUUUUGGAUGGCUUUGUGUGUACGAAAAAUGUCGCAACAAAGCCUAUGGCGUCUUUUUUGCCGAUGCGCAAUGCUCGCAUUAUGAUCAUUACAUUCCCCAUCGAGUACCACCGCAAUGCAGAUCAGCUCAUGUCUCUCGAGUCCAUCAUGGCCCAGGAGUAUGAGUUUCUCCGUAUUCUUGUCGCUCGCAUUGUAGCGCAGCGUCCGAAUGUCGUGAUGGUUCAAAAGGGUGUCUCUCAUAUUGCGCUUGAAAUGUUCGAAAAAGCUGGUAUCGCAGUGUUUCUACGUAUGAAGCGCACGGCCCUCGAAACAAUUGCUCAUUGCACACAGGCCGAUAUCAUCGCAUCGAUUGACCGACUCGCACUCGAGCCACGCCUCGGUCGCUGUGCGGCGAUAUUCAUCGACACGUACCAACAGGUCGAUGAUGCGGAAAGGCGCAAACCGCUCUUGCGCGUAGAAGUGACGUCGAAAGAGGUCAGCAGCGCGCUUGUGCUGCGUGGUGCUCUGCUGCCGAAGUUGCGGCGAAUCAAAGCUAUCCUUGCACUCAUGGUAUUCGUCGGCUAUAAUCUGAAGCUUGAGGACUUUCUCCGUCAUGAUCUCGGUGCUCUGCUGGAAUGGUCGGCCAUGAACUACCACUCGGUCAGCGAGCUGCCGGCGUCUAUUCAGGCGGAUGAGUCGGAAAUCCACAGGCGCAUCAUUCUGGACGAGACGCUCAAAAAGUAUCAACGACUGUUGUUAAGUGCAUCGGUAACGGCUAUCUUGCCACCGCCGUUCUUGGUGACUCGCAUGAAGCAGGUAACUGAUCGGAUCCACACAUUACGUGCUGAACCGUUUGAACAAGUGACAACGACACACUAUCCUCGCAACGAUGGCGAGGCUCUUGCCGGUUCAAAUUUAGUAUUGUGUGCUCCGUGCACUUACCGGGCGGCGACAGAGCAAGCCAUUCUCGAAUCAGAACACGAAAGCAUCCAGGCUUGUUGGCAUGCCUGUGUGUCAGGCAUGUCAAAGAUGCUAACGCCGUUCGCACACCAAAAGCUUGUGGCACUCGUCUUCAAGACGUGUGCCGCUACGCUGCAAACAUGCACAGGCCCUGAUUUUGUCAUGACUGAAUUCUACGGAUUGAAUGACGAGCCGCUCGGCCAGUUUCUCGAGCGGACGUGCUUUGAGAGUGCGAUGCCUUGCGACUCACGCCACUGCGAGAGCUCGAAUCUCGUGCAUUACCUGACGUUUGUGCAUAAUACGACACGCAUUCAGAUGGUUGUCGAGCAGUUUCCUUGCCCAUUGGCCGGCUCAGAGAACGAGCUGCUGUGCUGGAGUUACUGCAAAGUAUGUGAGUCGACGACGCCCAUCACGCAUCUAAGUGAUGCUGGCUGGUCGGUGAGUUUUGCCAAGUUUUUGGAGCUGCAAUGCUAUCCAAAUGCAGCUUGUCACUCUUCAAUGUGCCCGCAUGACUACUUCCGCGACAAUGUGCGGUACUUUGCACUGAAGAAUCUAGCCAUUCGCUUCCAUGCAGACCCUAUUACGCCCUGGCACAUUGUCGUGCCGCCGUCGCGGCUUGUCAUCCACCACGAACUCAUGUGUGAGCUACGAAACGCCGAAGUGAUCAAGCUCUACGAAAAGAACCUGAGGUACUGGCGCUCGGUCUGUGUCCGGCUCACGGCACUGCGUGAUGAACUCCAUGCACACCCAAUAUACUCGGAGGCGCCACUAACACGAAUCAAAAUGCACGCCGACGACUUGCUGGAACACAUCCUGCAAUGUGCAUCGACAGACUGUGCGGAGGUUGAAGAGCGCAUCUCACAGGCUUAUUGGCACUCGGACAAGUCACCACUGAAAAUGAAUGAAGUGCGUCGAUUCCUGCAGGACAGGGUCGUUGAGUGGGAGGGCUUGUUCCUUGAUUUCGAAAAGCGAUCAACUGUGACAGAACGCGACGUUCGACGUCUCAUGGAGCUAUACCGCCAUCGCUUGCAAAGCAAGGAUGCCGAUGACAUGUCGGUUGAGUCAGAUGCCCAGCUCGAUACGCCUACUGACAGAAAAAUGCUGGACUUUCUCACAUUCCUAGAUGGAUGUGCGGGCUACGACAAAGACUCGACGAAACACAGGAAUGAAGAGACGCAGCGCAUGGAAGACUCGAAGCUUGUUAGUGUGUCGAUUGACAGUCAUGCAUCGAAAGAACGCCAGAGCUCGCUAGAGGCUCCUAGAACCAAAUCCCGUGCCGAUGCGCCGUCAAAAGACUCGGCCAUGACCUCGGCGAUUGCCGCUGCUGUAGUGACGACCGGCACCGCCGCAGCUCCUGCGACACCGGCCUCGGCUACCAGCUCGACCGCUGUCCCCAUGACGAUGCUAGCGAGCAGAUGCGGCCAGCUGCAGAGCGAAGAUCGAAAGCCAGCGCAAAGUCGUGGCCAACAUCCAAAUCCGUCAACGAGAUCGUCGUCAGAGCAGAGUCCUCGCGAGGGUCAGAGCCACGAACACUCUUCAUCUCAAGCUCAUCCUAUUCGCGACAGUCGUCCUGCUUCGCAAGAUCAAUGCCGCGUUUCGACACCAGGACCUAUGCCGAAGGCGUCCACUUUGACGGGCCCUGCAUCGUCGAUGCCAUCGACGACUCAUAAACCUGCGUCUCGUGUUCAAGAGGUCUCUCAGAAGCGCCACGAGAUGUCCAAUGCUUCUGACUCGCCGACAUCAGCCAGCAAUAUCAGCACACAGACCGCUGCGCGCCAAGACGUCGACCCUGCUGCAUCGAGCCCGACCGCAUACGUACAACGAUCGCCCCCUGCAUCGAUACGCAGGAAACACAUCUCAGAACAUGGUUCGAUGUCGCCGUCGUCAGAGCACAAGCGAGCUGAUUCGCGCACGUCGCCACAAAAGUCAUCAGAUCAACGUGAGCAAACACCCAGGUCCACUCCAGGCGCUGCGCCAUUAUCGUCGCCAGCUUCGUCACUGGGACACUCUCGUCCCACAAGCCAGCUGUUUUCAUCUCAAGCAGCCAUGCGUUGUGAGUCUAUGGUGCUUCGUCCACCAUGGAAUGAUUCGCGACCGAAAAUCAACAAGCCACGACGCGAUGUACCAACGCGUAGUCAGGUCGCAAUACUAGCUCGUCAGUAUGAGCAGCUGAGUCGCGACGCGGAACUUGAGCGUGAUCGUUUAGCUUCGCGUAUACGUCGCACACGCCCUGCUACGACAACGCACGCUACCGUUGAGGUGUUCAAGAGCUUGCGAGAUGCUGUUAAAGGCGAUGAAAGCGAUGGCGAAGACGAAGGCAAGCAGACUGAGCAAGCGCAUGCAGAGCGACGCGGUGAGGCUUGGCUUGGUAAGGAUGCCGGACCUGGAUCAGCAUUGCACCCAUUCAUGAACACACCCGAAGCUUCUGCUUCCGUUGCUGGCGAAGCCGUCGCCCUCACGCCAAACACCGGCGGACUGACAAGAGCAAGCACAAGUCCCGCCACAUCGGCAGAUGCCGCAGGCUCUGCCGAGUCUUUGGGGCCAGGCUCACUGGGUGCCACGUCCGAAAGGACGCUUGCCACGACGCCUUUGUCGAAUAUGAGCAUGAGCACAGACCCACGCGGUGAGGCUCCGCAGCCCUCAGACACUGGGUACACACAGGCAUCCAUGCAGACUGCACCAGCCAGAAAAGAAUCGACCAAUGAGUCAGAGCCUGUCGCUACACCACACUCCGACUCAGAGGAAGCCCUGCCCGAGCGUGCUCGUCUCUUCCGUCUCCUUGAAGCCACAUGGACACUUCAUGUUGGCGAGCUUGUUCCGCUCAAGUAUCCUUUCGUGUCGACUGACCACGUAUUCACCGAUGCACGUGUCGUGGUGCGCGAAGACGAACCAAGCUCCAUUAUCGCAUUUACUCUUGACUCGAAGAGCUACCGCGAGCAGCUGGCCGAGUCUCGCAAGCUACGCACGCGUGAUGUCCCUGACGCUGCUCCUGAUAUGGAGCAAGAGCUGCGGAUCACGGAAGGCUCGCAUUAUCUGUACGAAUUUGAUACGGGCUCGAUCAAGCUGUGGUGUAAGAUCUUUUUUGCCGAGCAGUUUGAUGCGCUGCGUCACAUGUGUGGAUGUGCAGAACUGUUUGUUCAGUCGCUCUCGCGCUGCUUCAAAUGGGACUCGCGCGGUGGCAAAUCGGGCUCGGCAUUUCUCAAAACCUGUGAUGACCGCUUCGUCGUUAAGCAGCUCUCGCGCACUGAAUUGGACGGUUUCUCAAAGUUUGCACCGCAGUACUUUACGUAUCUGGCUGACUGCAAGUCAGCGUCGCGCCCAACGACUCUCACAAAGAUCUUCGGGUAUUUCCGCAUAGGCUUCAAGAACAUGCACACCGGUAAAGGCUUCAAAAUGGACUUGAUGGCCAUGGAAAACUUGCUGUAUGGCCGCUCAAUCGACAAGAUUUUCGACCUGAAAGGAAGCACGCGAAACCGCUAUGUGCAAGAAACCGGGCGUGCUGGCGAGGUCCUGCUGGAUGAAAACCUCGUCCAUGAUACUCGGACGAAUCCGUUUCUUGUACGUGAACACUCGAAACGGAUCCUUCGCACCGCGUUGUACAACGACUCGCUCUUCCUCACAGAGAUGAAUGUCAUGGACUACUCACUUAUUUUGGCGCUCGAUUCCAAACGCAAUGAAAUGGUCAUUGGUAUCAUUGACUACCUGCGGACAUACACAUGGGACAAACGUGUCGAAAGCUUUGUCAAAGAGACAGCCAUUCUAGGCGGUGGUGGCAAAGGCGAGCCUACGAUCAUUACCCCGCGACAAUAUCGCAUGCGCUUCCUCACAUUCCUUGAUCGCAAUAUUCUUAUGACGCCGGAUCCCUGGGUCCAGUCAGGCUGGGUUCAGUAA